AUGAAUAUUCCUCAUCAACAAUAUUUUGAAGAACAUUUAGAAAAAGAUUAUCAUCUAUUAUCACAAACAUGUACAGAUCGCGAACAAUGUUACAUUUGGCUUUACAAAUUAAUUAAUCAUAUGUUAAUGCCAACAUUGACUCGAUUCGGUCGUUUAGAUACACAAACGAAAGUGAUAGACAUAGAACAAAUCAUUGAACAAAAUGUUAUUUUUCCACAUAUUGUUUCAUUUACUGAUGAAAUUAAUGAAUAUCGUGUGAAUUAUGUGAAAAUGAGCAACUUUAUCCGUAACUUUCUUUUUUUAAUUCGAUAUCAACUCGAUCUAAAAGAAGUUCAAGCAGGUUGUCAAAGACCUUCGACUGAUCGACCUACGACAGUUGCAAAUUUUGCUCGUGAUACCAGUUUAGCAUUACUUUUAAUCAAUACUUCGAAAGAUGCUACAAGUCUUCUUGUCAUCGCCUAUUUACAUACAUUAAACAUUGAGAUGACAUUUAAGAAAUUUGAAUUCUCUGCAGAAAAUACUUCGUUAAUCACUCAAAUUCGACAACAAUCAUUAACUGUAAAAGAUCAAGAAAAAUGGAAAAAAACUAUGAAUCAUAAUGAAAUUGUUCACAGUAUAGGUUCAUUAGAUUACAUAUUCACCUAUUUAUGUAAUGCUGAAGAGAAUGAAAUUAGAAAUGAAAUCGCUUUCGACAAUGUCUUACGUAAUUAUGUAAAACCUGAAUUACGCGAUGCAAAAUGGCCUGAAGAGACAAAUUUUGAUCAAUUUGCUGCGCAAACUCAUGUUUGUCAUUUGAAAUAUAAAGUUAUUGAUUUCUAUACAAAUAUGUUUGGCGGUUAUGGAGGAUUUCCUGGAAAUAAUAAUCCAUUUGCUGGGGGUUUUGGAGAAUUAGCUUCAGAUUGGGCGAUCAAUCAGUUUGUUCCAGGAGGAUUGAAUGGUCCAAUGGGUCGAACGGCUGAUUAUAUGAUUGGAGGAAAUCCAAAUGGAGGUUUUGGAUUUGGUGGAGGGUUUAAUGGUGGAUAUGGAAUGGGCUAUGGAUAUUUUUAA